CUGCUUCCUUAUAAAUCCAAACCAAGUCACGUGACAACAACAAUCGAUUAAGUGGACACAAGCAUUUGUUUCGGGUGGGCUAACGAUCACACACCUGGUGUAACCAUGACGAGUAAAGGGCAGCAACAAGACUUCUGGAUCAAGGAAAGCAUAAGAGAUCAGAAAUUUGAGGACAACUAUAUAAUCGGGACGGAGCUGGGCAGAGGUGCUACAUCUGUGGUAUAUAAGUGUGAACACAUAGGGAGCAAAAAGGCCUGGGCUGUAAAGAUCAUCGCCAAACAGGUUGAGAGAAAAGUGAUCAUUACAGAAGCAGGUAUUUUGUUCAGACUACGACAUUCAAAUGUGAUUGCUUUAAAAGAAAUCUAUGAGACCCCUGAAAAGAUUUACCUGGUACUGGAACUUGUGACAGGGGGAGAACUAUUUGAAAGAAUUGUGGCCAGAGGAUCGUACUCAGAGAAGGAUGCUGCUGAAGCAAUGCACGACAUCCUCAAUGCUUUAAAGUAUAUACAUGAUAAUGAAGUUGUUCACAGAGACAUGAAGCCUGAAAAUCUGUUAUAUGAGAGCAGCAAAGAUGACUCGCCCCUUAAAAUUGCUGACUUUGGGUUGUCAAAGAUUGUGGACAAUGAUGUGCUGAUGUCAACAGUGUGUGGCACUCCUGGAUAUUGUG